UUACGUGCUCGUGCACUGUUCGUUCCAACUCGGGGAAAUGCUUCGAACCUCUUGUGGAAAGGAUGACAUGUUGGACAAUUUCUUCAAAUAAACAUCCAUUCGUAUUUUUUCACUAGCUUGUUUCUCAGAAGUUGCAAGUGGAGAUAUUCACGUUGGAUUUGUGAGGUUUCAACCACCUUUGACUGUCCAGCGGCUGACUGACUGUUUGUUGGAAAUUAACCUGUGGUAUGAAAAAGACGCUCGUGAGUUCCGGAAAUUAUCUGAUUUAACAGCGGACGGAUCGUAGGCUAAUACCUAACUGGUUGUUCGUAUGGGAUCUAUCAUGGUUUUACUGAAUAUUCUGAGCGUCCUGUUUUUAUUGGAUGAGGUGGUAGUUUCCAUGGCCAGCCAUUCUGCCUUGUCAGGGCUGGGAACUCAUGGAUGGAGAGCCCCCAUGGACUGUCUGCGGGCCAGCGAGCUGUGCAACCAAAACUCACAGUGCAGCUCACGCUUUCGCAUCAUGCGCCAGUGCUUGGUAGGUCGUGACCGGACUACCAUGCUGGCUAACAGGGAGUGUCAGGCAGCCCUUGAGGUGCUGCAGGACAGCCCCCUGUAUGACUGCCGCUGCAAGAGGGGCAUGAAGAGGGAGCUCCAAUGUCUGCAGAGCUACUGGAGCAUCCAUAUGGGUCUUAAUGAAGGAGAAGAAUUGUAUGAGACGUCCCCAUAUGAGCCAAUGCAUCUCUCUGAUGAGUUCAGACUUGCUUCUAUUAUUUCUGCCAUGGACUCAGCUUCUGCAAAAGGGAAUCUGUGCUCUGACACCGGCAAGCCCUGUAACCCUUGCCUGGAUGCUGCUAAGGCCUGCAACCUAAAUGACACCUGCAAGAGGCAACGUGCCAUGUAUAUGGCCACCUGCAACCGUGCAACACCUAUACAGCAAGCUCAGGAACCCUGCAACCGGAAGCGUUGCCAUAAGGCUCUUCGGCAGUUCUUUGACCGUGUCGAGACGGAAUUCAGCUACCCACUGCUGUUCUGCUCCUGUCGGGAUAAAGCAUGUGCCGAGCGUCGCCGGCAAACAAUCAUGCCUGCAUGCUCUUAUGAGGAGAAGGCAAAGCCCAACUGCCUUGAGUUGAGGAGAACCUGCCGCUCAGAUCCACUCUGCAGAUCCAGACUGGCAGACUUCCACAUGAAUUGCCUGAUGACACCACAUUCAGUAACAAGCUGUCCUAAUGAUAACUACCAAGGCUGUCUGGUCUCCUAUGUUGGACUAGUUGGUUCAGAUGUGACUCCUAACUACGUGGAUGCCAGCCACACUAACAUCACCAUCUCCCCUUGGUGUGGCUGUCGAGGCAGUAGAAAUCAUGAAGCUGAGUGUGAGGCCUUCCUCAGAGACUUCCGAGAGAACACUUGCCUGAGAAAUGCGAUACAGGCUUUUGGUUAUGGUACGGAUGCAGCUCUAGUUCCCAUCAUUGAGUCUCAGUCGGCGGCACCAUCAGUAAGAACCAAUCUGCAGCCGGCUAUCAUCACCAAGCAUGUCAUCAACUCAAAUGAUGUGAAGCCAGUUGACAGUGCAUGUGUUUUCUCCACAUGUGCUAACCUGCAGGACAGUGUGCAAAUGUGUCGUCCCUCAAACAGUUUUGAAUGUGCUGAUGAGAAUGUGAUAAAUCCCAAUAUGGAGGGAUCCAUUGACUCAGUGGGCUCCCAGCAGGCAGACAACAACAGAGCCAGACAUUCAUCUGUGACUUCAAUCAGUGUUUCAGCCGUCACAGUGAUGCUGACCUUUGCACUGGUCAAUCAGCUUCUGUAAACACAGCCUGACUCUAAACACCUGGAACAAUCUGAUGGAAACUUCUGACCUCAAUCAAAGAACUUCUAAAAAGUGACAUUGAUCUCUCUCUCUCUCUCUCUCUCUCUCUCUCUUAGUGUGUGUGUGUUUAGAUGUGUACCACACACCAUCUUCAAAAACAAGUCAAAACAACAAAACCUUAGGAGGAGUAUCCAGAAGUCUGCUUGUAGUCCAGUGCCCCAUCAAAGAGAGAGUGAGGAAGCCACAGGUGGUUUUUAAACAGACAUGGAUGUUUUGAAGCUGACAGUGGAACUCUGAGAAAAUAAG